UUGAGUGUCAUGGUGAAAAUGAUCUACACUUGCCCAUUGCUCUCAGAAAAGGGUGUAGAUAUUCAACUUGGAAUGGCUAUUGAUAGUACCAAAGCUACUCUUGCUGUGAAGCGUAGACUUGCAUGUGAGAUGGUGAAAUGUUGGCAACAGGCUCAUGAUAACAUUAUGAACCUUCCAUUAGCAAAUGGUUGGGGUGAAAAACAUCAUCUUUUUGUGAAAUGGAAAUAUGUUGAAGCAAAGGCUGCAGCGUAUUAUUAUCAUGGUUUGAUUCUUGAUGAGGGAAAUACAGAGAAAUCUCAUGGGAUGGCUGUAGCUGCUUUGCAAGCAGCAGAUGAGUAUUUCAAGGAAAGCAAGAAGUUGGGUGACGCGUUCAAUGCGGCACCUCCAUUGUCAAGAGAUCCACCGCUUUGGGGGACCAUGAAAUAUCUCUCUGAAAAAAUUCCUAAGGAUGCUUCAAGCAAGGUGCGAAUAAACCGUGAUCUGUACUCUUAUGAGAGGAUCAUGGAGACAGCUCCAACGUUGCCUGAUUUUUCCUUGGCCUUGAAACCAGAUGAAUAUCAACUUCCUCCGGUGGACUCCUCUUGGAGUACAGAGAACAUUAAAGGGGGACAAACUGAUCCUAAGUUCUAACUAUCUCAAGGGUCACAAAUGAUAAAACACAUGACGUUGCAAACCUCAAAAGAAAUGUUGGCCUACCUGAAAGAUGCCAAUCAAAGAAGGGUGUUUUUCCAAUUCUUGCAAAUAGAAAAAAAUAAAUUAGUUUAUUUGAGUGUUUUUUCCCCCUACCGUGUGCCUUUUUUUGUUACUCCAUAUAUUAAUUUCUUCCCUUCGCCCACAAUAUUUGAAAGAUACCCUGCAAACAGAGCUUCCAGUGGCAUUCACUGUAAAUUGUCCACUAUAAAAGAAAGGGUUUCCUUGCCAAUAAGAAUAUUACUAUUUCGGAUCAUAGUAAAGGCUGUCACAUCAUCCAUUUGUUAAACCAAGUUUGGAUAAGUGAUGGUGUGUAAAAUUGACUCGUGUAUUGGAAAGAAAAAAUUAUUUCUUUUGGGAGGCGUUUGGUAGAGGAGAAAUUUUUUUUUUAUC